AUGGAUGUUCAAUUAUAAAAAAUAUUAGAUUCUAAUUACAAAGGCAAAACACUCUACAAUCACUUCUGUGAAAUCUAUUACUAAAUCCAAGAGAAUAAAUACUACAAGGCAUAAAGUACCCCAUCCACCAUUAUCUUAGGCUGGUCUGAUUUUGAAGAUCUGAGCAAUUUCAUCAAAGAAAACCGAUUUUAUCAUAUAUAGCAAAGUCAAAUACUAAAUAUUUAACCCCUUAAAACUGCCGAACAAGUUAAUAAUCUGCAAGAUCAAAUAUUCCCAUGAUAAGAGUAUUGUAAAAAAUAAAUGUAACUUAAGCAAAUAAAUGCCAAAGUAAUCAAUGUAGCACUCAAGAACUUCCUAAAACUAAAUGCUCUAUUGAAUAAUGUUGGCGAUGGAUUCACAGAUGAGGAUGUUUAUUUUAUCCAACAGUCUCUUAAAUCUAUCGCCAUCAGAGAUAUCAACAUUUUUAAUAUUAGGUUUUGGGGAAACCUCUUUCAUAAAAGAGAGACUAUUAUUUCAUAGAUGUUUUAUUGUCCAAAACAUAUAAGGAACCUCAACCUUCUGAUUGCGAUGAAAAACUUAAUGAAUAUGUUCAUUAAGUUACUCAGGACUAUAAUAAUUAUAAUAAAGUCAAAUAGUACUGCAGGAUUUGGCAUUACUGCCUUAAGUAACACGUAAAUAAAUGGAAGCGAGUAGGUUUAUGACUUAUGUGUUUAGUGGAAAUUUAAAUAAAGAAAUUACUCAAUAUCCUCGAUUCGAUGGAAAGGUAAAGCAUUUGCUAAAAGUCUAAAUCUUGAGAAUAACUCAUGCGAAUCUAAUAGCACCCAGUUCUACAGAUAUGAUGAGGAUACUAAAUAAGUCACUUUCGAAGACGAAUUCAAAAUGCCAGAAUCAGCAGAACUAUCCACUAUGGAUGGCUGGGCUCACUUGCCUCCAAAUAUCUUAAAGUAAGGAAGGAUCACAUUUUAUGAAGAUCCUUCUCUUAAGGAAGAAGAACUUAAUUAAAUGAAUGAGGCUGAUCCUGAACUUGAAAGAUUAAAGUCCAUUAAGGAUGACAAACUUAUUCGUAUGACUAAGUAGUAUCUCUUGAAUAAAAUGAAAGGAACUGGAGCAUUAAGAUUUUUGGAGAAACACAACAAUAUACUAAUUAGGAAGAAAUACCUUUAAGUUAUUAAAUAGUCUUAUUAAGAAAUUAUUUAUGGCCUGUGCAAUUACUGUUAGUAAUGUAUUUAUUAGCAUGAAAUACUAUCAUAGUCAAAUGAUUUCAUUAGCAUUUAUUUUGGAUAUGGAAAUAAGAAUUAACAAAACUCAUUUAAUCCUCUUGCUCCAAACGAUGUUCAAGAGGAACCUGAAGAUGUCGAUGAGAUUCCUGAACCCAAUCCCAGAGAAUAGCCUGAUGAUUUGGAACCAGAUAGUGAUGUUGAAAGAAGAAGGGAAUAGGAGAGAAGAGAGGCAGAAUCACAAUAACAACAAGAAUGA